UGGGAGGAGUGGGUCUCACUUGCCAAGUCAGAACAUCAUUGUCAGUGUGUUUCUCAGGAGGACGGUUACGGUGAAGGAGAAGACGAUGGAAAAAUUCAGGAGGAUUGUCUGAAGAAGUUCUCCAGCAGGGAUUACAUCAUGGAGCCUGCAAUAUUCAACACUCUCAAAAUGUAUUUCCAAGCUGGCGGAUCCCCAGAACACGUCAUCCAGCUUCUCUCUGAAAACUACUCUGCUGUGGCUCAGACGGUUAAUCUUCUGGCUGAGUGGCUCAUCCAGAUGGGUGUGGAACCUGCUCAGGUCCAAGAGCGAGUCGAAAAUCACCUCAAGAGCCUCCUGAUAAAGCACUUUGACCCUCAAAAGGCAGACUCCAUCUUCACGGUGGAGGGAGAGACUCCGGCCUGGCUGGAGCAGAUGAUAGCGCACACAACGUGGAGGGAUCUCUUCUAUAAACUGGCUGAGGCUCAUCCUGACUGCCUGAUGCUCAACUUCACCGUAAAGCUUAUUUCUGAUGCCGGCUACCAAGGGGAGAUCACCAGCGUGUCGACUGCGUGCCAGCAGCUGGAGGUUUUCUCCCGGGUGUUGAGGACGUCCUUGGCCACGCUGCUAGAUGGGGGAGAAGAAAACCUGGAGAAGAAUUUACCAGAAUUCGCUAAAAUGGUGUGUCACGGAGAGCACACGUACCUCUUUGCCCAGGCAAUGAUGUCCAUCCUCGCUCAGGAGGAGCAGGGCGGUUCGGCCGUUCGCAGGAUCAGCCAAGAGGUGCAGAAGUCUGCGCAUGAGAGGGGUCACGAUGCCAGUCAGAUCACCCUGGCGCUUGGCACAGCGGCGGCGUACCCCCGAGCUUGUCAGGCGCUGGGCGCCAUGUUGUCCAAAGGAGCCCUGAAUCCUGCUGACAUCACAGUUUUGUUCAAGAUGUUCAGCAGCAUGGACCCUCCUCCCGUAGAGCUGAUCAGAGUUCCUGCCUUUCUGGACCUUUUCAUGCAGUCGCUCUUCAAGCCUGGAUCAAAAAUCAACCAGGACCACAAACACAAGUACAUCCACAUCUUGGCCUACGCUGCCAGUGUGGUCGAGACAUGGAAAAAGAACAAGCGAGUAAACAUCAAUAAAGAUGAGCUUAAGUCAACUUCCAAGGCCAUAGAGACUGUUCACAACCUCUGCUGCAAUGAGAACAAAGGAGCUACAGAGCUGGUGGCUGAACUGGGCACUUUGUAUCAGUGUAUCAGGUUUCCAGUCGUUGCCAUGGGAGUGUUGAAGUGGGUGGACUGGACAGUGUCAGAGCCGCGUUACUUCCAGCUCCAGACGGACCAUACUCCAGUCCAUCUAGCAUUACUUGAUGAGGUGCGGCGUUAUUCCCGAACAAAGAUGUUUCCCCCACUCGUCCGGGAAGCGAAAUUCAAACAGGACGUUUUCUCCUUACAGAUCUGUACGUGCCACCAGCUGCUGCACCCACAGGUGCUCCAGCUGCUCAUUAAGCUCUUUGAGACCGAACACUCUCAGCUGGACGUCAUGGAGCAGAUGGAGUUAAAGAAGACCCUGCUGGACCGAAUGGUUCACCUGCUGAGUCGUGGCUACGUCCUGCCCGUCGUCGGCUACAUUCGCAGAUGUCUGGAGAAGCUCAACACAGAUAUAUCCCUCAUUAGAUAUUUUGUCACAGAGGUGCUGGAUGUGAUCGCGCCUCCCUACACAUCCGACUUUGUGCAGCUUUUCUUGCCCAUCCUGGAGAACGACAGCAUUGCAGGAACUAUCCGCACAGAGGGAGAACAUGACCCUGUAACCGAGUUCAUCGCUCAUUGCAAGUCAAACUUCAUCAUGAUUAACUGA